AUGAAAACUAUUCGAAAUCAAUUAGCGAAUGUCCAUAAGAAUAAGUUGUUGUUCAUUGGUUCUUUUACCAAUAAUACUUCACCUAAUACACUCUCUUUCUAUUCUUCAUCUUCUAUUAUUACUCAUUCUCCAUUGAAAGUCAAAGAAGAGCUUUCACAUGUCGAGCAAGCUUCACUCAAGAUUACUAACAAAGACUCUUUGACGAAUGGUGAUAUUUUGUUGGCAAGAGCUCUGGAACACUUUCGUUCUAUUGUUGGUGCAACUAAUGUGGCAACAGAUGAGGAAAGUCUUUCGAGAGAGCUUGCUGAUUGCUCUGGAAAUAUUCGAAACGUUCCAGCUAUUGUUUAUCCAACAAGUCAUGAUCAGGUUGUUCAGAUUGUCAAGAUAGCCAACAGAUAUCAAGUACCUUUAAAUCCUGUCAGUUCUGGUCAGAAUUGGGGUUAUGGCUCAGCUCUUCCUGCCACUAAUCAAAGAACUGUCUUGUUAAAGAUGAGUAAAAUGACAAGAUUAGAUAUGGAUGAAGAAAAUGGUGUUGCACAUGUCGAACCAGGUGUUACUCAACAACAACUUUUGGAUUAUUUACAAGAAAGGAAUCUUGACUAUACAGUUCCUGUUACUGGUGCUGGUCCAACAUGUAGUUUACUUUCCAAUGCUCUGGAAAGAGGAUAUGGAAUCUCACCAUACAUUGAUCAUUUUGGUGCUGCUACAAGUAUGAGAAUUGUGUUACCAACAGGUAAUGUCCAUGAAUCCAUGUUGGACAAAAUGGGCGGGAAACAUGUUUCCACACUUUACAAAUGGCAAACUGGUCCUUAUUUGGAGGGUUUGUUUUCUCAAAGUAAUUUGGGAAUUGUAACCAAGAUGUCGAUUGCCUUGUAUCCUAAACCAGAAAAGGUUGAAAGUUUCUUCUUCUUUUUUGAUGACCUUUCGAAUGCUGUUUCUGCUUCCAAAGAAAUCUUGAGAUGUUCUAAUGGAAUUAUUGGUUCUGUAAAACUAAUCAAUAACUAUGCCAUGGUGCCUAUGGCUGGGCCUUAUCCGAAAGAUCAAGCAGUCGAUGGAAUGCUACCACAAUCGUAUAUUGAUUCGUUCUGUAAGAAGAAUCAAUUCACAGCAUGGAACGGAGUUGGUAAUUUGUAUGGCAGUUCUGCAGUGAUCAAAGCUGCAAGAAGUGAUAUCAAGAAGAUUUUGAGAAGGUAUGGAAGUAAGAGAAAUAUCUUUCUUUCUGCCAAUUUCGUCCACUCCACUUCCAGCUUUUUAAACCAAAUUCCAAUUGUGAACAAGACACACUUGGCAACCUAUGCGAAUGUUCUUUCCAAAUCUUUAGAGUUAUUUUCUGGUAUUCCAAAUGAAACUGGUCUUCGUAUUGCUUAUUGGAAAUCAGGUGAAAGACCAACAGAUAAACCUUGGAAUCCAUCCAAAGAUGGAGCUGGUAUUAUUUGGUACAAUCCACUCAUACCAAUCACUCCUCAAGACUUGAACUCAUUCACCUCAAUGGUCAAUGAAAUUUGUAAGAAACACAAAACUGAACCACUCAUGACUUUGACCAGUCUUUCGGAUAGAUGUUGCGUUGGUACUAUUCCUCUAUUAUUUGAUAGAAAUAAUGAGGAAGAAAUGAAACGUGCACAAGUGUGCUAUCAUGAACUAAUGAACGCAGGUCAAAAACUGGGCUACGUUCCAUACAGAUUGGGAAUUCAAUCAGUCAAUUGGUUACAAGACAAUAAUGCAGUUCCACCUCUUCUUCAAACUUUAAAGAAAACGCUUGAUCCUAAUAAUAUUCUCUCUCCUGGAAAGUAUGGCAUAUUUUAA